CACGAGGGAAACACUGGAGCGAGCCAUGAGCCGAGCAAGUACCCCAGUACGCGGCAUCUUGCGGACUGCCGAGUCUAAGGCUGAACAACGCACAAGCUCUACAUCUUUGCUUGUAUCGUCUAAGCAUGCUUUCGAGACGUCCACCCCUAAGUGGCAUCGGCGUGAGAGUGUGGGUGGUACCUCAGCGUUAGAAUGUCUCUCCUCGCCGCGACGAGUCACCUUCUCGCCGUACGUUCCGAAUCCUCGGCCGAAAUUGUCCAAGGUGGCGAAAGCACCCGUGUUGCGUGAAUCGGCCUUGGAAGGUGAUGCCACGGACGCAUCGGAGAAAGAAGUUGUCAAGCAACUUCGUCGACUGCGCAUGCGCUACGCCAUAGCCAAACGCAAGUCCCUGGCCACUCGCAUCCGUCACCGCCUCGUGUCGCUAUGGACCGGUGAUUUGCCAGUCAAACUCCCACCAGAGACUACGAUUCCCACAGUAUCGUCAACACCAACCUUGCCAGAUUUAUGGGCCAUUGACCGGGCAUACAUCGAACGGCAGAAUCGCCUCAUGACUGCGCGCCUUCAUGCAAGGCACACCCCAUUCCGAGUACCAGUCGAGUCGAAGAAAAUCAAGCUAAAAUACCAAGGUGCCUUUGACGCGCUUGUGGCUCCUGUAAACAUUCACACGAUUGAUGCUGCCGAUGUCCUCCUCGCCGAUGAACUGCCAGGCGUCCGCCGUCGCCGUUGAGGCAAUCCCAACUUUGAACAAGGAUCAUAUAUUCACAUCGUAAGUUGCAAUGUAACGCGGCAUGCGGUGUCCGACGA